AUGAGUCCCCAACACAUCAUCUCCGGCGAGAUGCCUUCUUUUCUAUCAUCCGCACCUCCCGUGCCGUCGUAUACGGGGCGCUCUCGCUCGCUCCCGACCAACGCACGGGAAGGAAGAAAAGGCUCGGUGCUGGCCAAUGCGAUUGGACUUCGCAAAAGGAACGCGAUCGAUAUCGUUCUCGCUGGUGACAACGACUUUGUCCAUUCAUACUCAACCCACGACGAGAUAAAGGGACACAUCGAGGUCAAAUUCGAAAAAGACACCGAGUUUGAUGAACUAGCAAUUACUUUUGAAGGCCAUGGUGCAACGUACGUCGAAAGGACAGCUGCCACGGCGCCCGCAGCCUGUCGCGCCACAGGCCAACAUACUUUUCUCAAAGUCCAGCAACCCAUUGCCGACUACUUACUGCCUGAGGACAGCAUUUUUCGAGCCAACAACACAUACAGGAUCCCAUUCACAUUCGUCGUGCCAGAGCGACUACUUCCGUACAUCUGUUCGCACAAGGUUGACCAUGAGGAGAUCCGGCACGAACACAUCCAACUACCGCCGAGUCUUGGAGAUGCCAGCAUUGCAGGCGACGGACACGCGCUGAUGGACGACCUGGCCCCCGACAUGGCGCAGAUAUGCUACAGCGUGCGUGCUCGCGUGACAAAGUACAACGCCGUCGGUCGACUGCUGCAACUCGCCAGCCAGAUUGAGCGCAUCAGGAUUGUGCCUGCGCGCGACGAAGCACCGCCGCUGAUCCUGAGCAACGAGCCUUACAGCGACCACGCCAUGCGCAAGGAAACAUCUGUGAGGAAAGGGCUGUUGAAACUCGGCAAGACAGGCUACCUGGCUGCCGAAACCACACAACCAAAAAGCUUGCGCCUGCCUCACCCGAAACGGACACGGCAGACCGAACCCGUGGCGUCCAUGGCGACGAUCAAUCUACGUUUUGACCCGCGUACGCCAGAUGACGUGCCGCCGCAACUGCAAUCAAUCACGUCGAAGCUAAAAGUCUACACGUUCUUCGGCGCUGCGCCGUUCAAGCUCCUGCCCGAAGUCCGCAAGCACGACAACUGGUCGAGCCUGUACGGCCUGUACCCUGAGACCGUCCCCUUGAGUUCACGCAACCUCUCUACCGUCGCGUGGACGCGGCACGAGCCCGGUUCGUCAGUGGACUGCCGGAAACGGUCAUCCUGCAGCUCUUCUUCCUCUUCUUCAUCCUCGACGUCGUACACGGAAGACUCUGAAGACGUCUCGCGCCGACCAAGCACGUACUCUUCUUCGUCGUCCAGCGCGUCCUCUAUCAUUCCAGAACCCAGCAGCGCCUACCAGGUCAAUCUACCAUUCUACACAGCCAGCGUUCUCGUCCCAAUCGCACUCCCGCACUCGACAGGCUCCAGCAAACCCAAAGUCUUUGUGCCGACGUUUCACUCCUGCAUCGUCUCGCGCACGUACACCGUCGAGCUGAACGUCCGCUUCCGAUCCCCUGGCUCCACCAUCCCCGGCGGCAGCCACGUCACGCUCAAGACGCCCAUCCAGGUUUCGGCCGAGGGCGGUGUUCCUCCCACCGGUCUUCACGAGUCGGAUGCCGCCAUCGCCGCCGAGAUUGAGGCUCAGUUCGGCCUGUACGAGGCUCGCGCUCUGCGUGGGGAGAUUGGUGAUAUCGUGGACGGUGAGAGUCCGAGGUACGACGUGGCCACUGCCAUGACUCCGACUUUAAUGACUGCUCUGGGAGGGUACCACUCCACGCUGCUCAGGGGGACAAGACACUUGAGUCUAGAGGAUUCGACUUCGAUCUCCGCCACGACUCGAUUGAUUCAACAGCCGGGCAUUGCCGCGAUUGCUCCAGUCGGACUCGGAGAAGGAGUCGGUACCGGUGAGGUCGGGACAGGUGCAGGAGGAGGAGGAGGAGGAGGAGGAGGAGGAGUUCGUGAUGAGUCAUAUAAUGCUCCCCCAGAGUAUCGGGCCGCAUACAGCGCUGGGAACAGGCCUGGUGGACCUAGGACCCAUAGUGUGAGUCCUUGA